CAAACCAUAUAAGAUUCUUGCGCAGCAUGAAAAGACAAUCCGUGGUGUCCACGCGCAGUUGCGAAGGAAAUUUGGGCCGACCCCCACCGGAGAACCGUCCCCGACCUCGACUUCGAGCCAGAAUCCCGGCAGCUCUCAUCAGUUCCACCAAGGCGGGAGCUCUCGCGACGAGGAAGAAGAGAGGAUGUUGGAAUAAUACGGCUCGGAGCAAGCCUACAAAGAGUUGUGUUGUUUGAUCGACUUUAUGGACCACGAACUGGCUCCCCUCAAGGCACUGGAGAUGGGCUCCGUGAAGAGAAUCUACUACUCAGACCUUUGGCAUAUCUUCAAACCUGGACAAGUAGUGAUAACCAGACAAGAGCCUCUUCAUGCCUAUCGGGUGCUUUAUGUCACUGCCGGUCGCCCAUACUUAUCCCCCCCUGCGUUGGAAAACGAUGAUUCCGGGGAUGGGUAUAAAGUCCCAGCCAAAGAGAGUGACCUUCUUAUUCACUGUUACCAGAUUCAGUUCGAUGGGCAAAGGUUUGGCCCGGUCACUCACACCUUCAACAUCCAACCAUAUUCUGGGCGGCUCAGAGUGAAGAACCUGCCCAUUUAUCCUCUAAAAUUCGUCGAAGAUCCCAAGGUCCUCAAGGAAACUCUGGUAUCCAGUGGUCGGAAAUUCUUACGGGUUUCAAAAGGCACGCAUCUGCAAUACAGGGGACCGAAUCUGCACGAGGGAGAGGAAAUCGACAGCGAAGUCAUUGUGGAUUUCCAGACUGCCAUCUGGGACGACCGCGAUAAAGACCCAGGUUGGAAUUAUAGAGUAGAGUUCGGUGUCAAUCCACCCAAGGGAUCCAACCGAGCCGAAGUUACUUUGGUGUCCGCUGGAGGGUGUCUCCGAGUGGAUUGUUGCGAAAAUGACCGUGUAUACGACGAUCUCGACAUCGACCAUCGCAGGAUGGAGGAUUUCAUAGCCAAGAACAGAUUGCUGACCACGGAUACUCGCUAUCUCGAUGACAACCCGGAGAACGUGCCAGAGGAGGAUCUUAUCCUUUUCCCCAACCGAGUCUUCGCAUUUGUGCUCAAAGAUCGAAAAUGGGCGGUGAUUGAUCUCAACCACGUGGACCUCGAUGCUGGCGCCGAUCAACCGAGGGAUCGUGGAUGGAACUCGUUGGUGUUGCCCCCUGGUCACAAACAGAUGGUCCAUUCGCUUGUCCAAGCGCAUUUCCGUCAUCGUCGUGAGGAAGCACUGGAUCGGAACUCACAAGCGGAUCUUAUCCGAGGGAAGGGCAAGGGACUUAUCAUUCUCCUCCAUGGUGCACCAGGAGUGGGGAAAACGUCAACUGCUGAAUGUGUAGCUGAGCUUUGUAACCUGCCACUGUACCCCAUCACCUGUGGUGACCUGGGAAUCACAGCCACCGACGUGGAAUCUCGCCUGAAGUAUAUAUUCACUCAAGCGCAGAAGUGGAAAUGUGUUCUCCUAUUAGACGAGGCCGAUGUCUUCCUGAGCCAGAGAGAGAACAAUGUGAAGCACAACAGCCUGGUUUCAGUCUUCCUACGUGUCCUCGAGUAUUACCAGGGUAUCCUCUUCCUCACCACGAAUCGCGUUGGCAAGAUCGACGAAGCCUUCCGGUCCCGCGUCCACAUCAGCCUCUACUAUCCCCCGCUCGACAAGCGCUCCACGCAGAAGAUCUUCGCCGAGAACAUGAGCCUGGCCGAGAAGCGCGGCAAGAGCGUGAUCCGGGUCAACCGGGACGAGAUCCGCGACUUCGCCCGGGAGCACUACCGGAACAACGACCCGCAGCGCCGCUGGAACGGCCGCCAGAUCCGCAAUGCCUUCCACAUCGCCAUCGCCAUCGCUGAGGACCGGGCCGCCGAGAAGGAUGCCAAGGCCGCCGCGGAGGGCAAGGAGCGGAGGCAUACCCCGGUCCUCAAGGCCGAAUACUUGAGGCUGGUCGAAGCGGCCUCCACGCGGUUCGAUGACUACCUGCACACCGUCCACGGUAUGGGCCAGCAGGACCUUGCGAAGCAGGGCUCAACCCGCAGGGAUGACUGGGAGGAAGACCGCGACCGACGAGACAAUCGGAAGUAUCAAUCCAGUCGUGCUGCCGACCCCCGGCGGCGAAAGGUAAACGAAUAUUCUGAGACUUCGAUGACGGAAUCCAGCGAGGCAGAGACCCACAAGCAUACUUCCUCCGAGCAGGAUAGCGAUGAUGGUUCAGAGAGAGGGAGAAAAGAGGAAGAGGAGCCUUCCAGCUCAGAUGAAGAACCCUCAUUGCGAGAGUCGCGGAAGCGCUCAGAUCGAAAGAAGGGUUCGCAGACCAAAGAACGUAAGCAUGGGCCAGGGGAGACCCGAAAGGAUAGUACGCGAUCUUCGAGAAAGAAUAAAGACAGUCGCUAGAUGGCUGCUUCGGUGGUCGAUUUAGAAGGAAUGGAUGUGAAGACCUGUACAGACGC